AUGCGAGAGCAGGCAGGAGAAGCCGAGCCCUAUAUGGAGCUGCUCCCCCAUGCGCACAAGCUAGGGUACUACGCUUGGAAACCCCUAGUGAUCUCCAAGGCCUUGUCACAGCUGCAGACGGGGGAAAUUCUGCUCUUCAUGGAUGCCAACAUCCAGAAAUAA